AUGCUUUCUCACGAAAAUGAAUACGAGAUAAAUACCCGUUCCUCUACCGCGCGCUCUCAUGCCGAUUAUCCGUCGUACCCCUUGCAGACUCGUGUCCAAGAUGUCAUCGCCCCGGGCAGACUCAUUAUUGUCGGUGACGUACACGGCCAUCUGCCCGAACUAAAGAAAUUACUUGAAAAAGUCGCGUAUAGCAAGUCCAAUGGCGAUAAACUUAUUUUUGUCGGGGACCUGGUCAACAAGGGGCCUGAUAGUCCGGGUGUUGUCCAGUUGGCGAUUGAGCUUGGAGCGAGUGCGAUAAGAGGGAAUAAUGAGGACAGGGUACUUGCUGCGCAUUCUGCUAUCAAAAGAGGAGAGGAUACGAAUAUUAUUGAACGGCUGAAGCGGCUGGCGCUUGAGGCGGAAAAGGAAAAGGAAACGGAAAAGGAGGCCAAAGAUGACGAACCAGCCGCAUCCGAGACGAAGGAGGAUUUGAAGUCAACAUCACCAGGGGACCUCAAACCUUACAGUUCGGAAAGCGACUUCACAACUGCCGCCAAUCUUACCGAUGACCAAAUUUCCUGGCUGGCCUCACAGCCGCUAAUCCUACGGAUCAAACUACGAAAGGGAGCGACAUCGCCACCCUGGAACUCUGGGACUCUACUUGUCGCGCAUGGCGGUUUGGUACCCUUACUUCCACUGGAAGAACAAGAUCCAUGGGCUGUUAUGAACAUGAGAGGAUUGGUGUACCGAGACCCAGGAGCUACUGUCACUGAGCCCAUUCGAGCAGGUCUACUCAAGGGAGCGAAGAGUCGGACGCGACGAUAUACAGCAUACCACGAUGCUACCGAUACCGAUAUAAAGACUGAGUUGGAGAAAUGGGCAGAUGUUGUUAACAACGGCGAAGGCUUCAGUGGUCGGUACGAAGAAGGUGUUGUUGGAUUUCCUCUCGAAACCCGAGAAGGAGAUUGGUGGAUUGAUGCUUGGAAUCGAUGGCAGUGCUUGAUUGAGAAUCCUGACGAGCGAAGCAUUGUCAUCUAUGGCCACGAUGCAAGAGUUGGAAUACAGGUUGGCGCAGACUCGCCCGAGGUUGCAAGAUAUACCUUUGGCCUGGACUCUGGCUGUGUAUAUGGGAAGAGCUUGACGGCUAUGGUCAUUGAUGAGAGGAAUGAUGGGAAGGGACUGUCGCAUUCGCUAGUCCAAGUUGACACGAUAAAGGAGGACGAAGUAAAGGAGGGAGAGGCGAUUCGAUAUCGCCAUACAACUCAUUAG